AACACAAGUUUAAAAAUUACCAUAAUCAAUUUGGUGGUUCUUGCACACACACACACACAGUGAUUGUAUCUUGUGACUUGUAUCUUGCUUCUGAACUUUUGAAACUUUGAAACUUUGAAAGAUUUUUGAAAAAGAAAUUUACUUUUACAAAAAUAAUAAUGAUGAUGAUGUCACCAUUGAAUUUAUUAUCAACACAGCAACAAUCAUCGUCAUCAAUUAAUUUGACAAAUAUGGAUCCAUCAACACAAUCAUCACAUCAUAAUCAUAAUGUUUUAAUUGGUGGCGCUGGUGGUGGUGGUCAUUUAAAUCGUUCACCAGAUAAUUUAUCAUCAUCAUCGGCAUCCAAAUCACCAUCAAGUCCAACAAAUUUAAAUAAAAAUAUUAAUGAUUUAAUUCAAUCAACAUCACCACAUCAUUCGCAUCAUCAACAAUCAAUUGCAGCAAAUCAAAAUCAAAAUAAUUCUGUUGCGGCUGCAAAUUUAUUACAUGCAGCAAUAGCAAGCGGAAAUGUACCAGCAACAUUAGCACAAAUGUUUCCAGGAACAUUUCCAUUACAUGUUGCAGCAGCAGCUGCUGCUGCAUUUUAUGGUCAACAACAAUCUGGACAACAACAACAACAAUCUACAAAUCAAUCAUAUCUUUAUUCUCAACAACAACAACACCAGCAACAACAACAACAACAAUUAUCAUCAUUAUUGGCAAAUGCAGCAGCACGUAUGACACCAAAUACAUUUACAACGCUUGGUUUACCGCAAAAUUCGGGAAAGAAAUUGAUGAAUGAUUUGAAUGAAUCAAAAUUAUCAUCACCGCAACAACAACAACAACAACAUUCACCGAAUAAUAACGGUAAUAAUACAUUAUCUGCAAUGUAUGCUGCAGCGGCUGCUGCAGCAGCAGCCGCUGCUGCUGGUGGUAACGGUCAUCAUCAUAAUGGUGGUCAACGUAAUGGUCAAUCAUUAUCGUCGAAUAAUCAUCAUCAUCCAUUGAUGCCAUUAACAAAUAUGAUGGCCAAACAACAACAAGGUCAUUUAUCACCACAAAUUGAUCAUUUACGAUCAUCAACCGCAUCGGGUCAUCCACAUCUUAAUCAUCAUCAUCCACAUCAUCAUGGUGGAUCAACAACAUCAACAUCAUCAUCUGCGUCAUCCGCAUCAUCAUCAUUAUUAUCACCAGUAUUAUUUAGUCCAUUAGGUACAUUAAACGAUAAUAAUAAUUCAUUACAAUUUUCACAAAUUAAUCAUAAACAACAACAACGUAAAUCAUCAUCAUCAUCAUCGACAAUGAUUGUUGAUGUUGUUGGAUCGGAAUGUGCUUCAACAACAGCUGAAUCACCAUAUCAAGGUAAUUAUCAUCGAAUUGCUGCUGCAACACGUACACCAAGUUCACCACCAAUGGGACAAUCUGGUCCAAUUGCAGCAAAUUCUGCAACAUCAGCAACAAAUCAAUCAUCGAAUAAUAUUGGUCAAACAUCAUCAGCAACGAAUCCAAUCAAUAAUAAUAAUGGUAACAAUAACAACAAUGGCAAUGGUAAUAAUGUAUUACAUUGUCCAAUUUGUUCAAUAUCAUUGGAUGGUAUAGAUAUAAAUCAACAUUUUUUUGAAGAAAUGCAUAAAAUUGAUACAAUGAGAAAAUUACCAGAUUGGUCGAAUGAUCAACCAUCAUCAUCGACAACGACGAUCGCUAAUCACCCAAAUCAUCAUCAUCAUAAUGAUGUUGAUUGUCAACAAAUAACGCAAUCGACACCAUCAUCAUCAACGAAUAAGCGACAACGAAAUUCGCAAUCAGAAUCAUUAUUGAGCGGUGGUAAACAUGCAAAAAAUCACAACAUAUCAUCAUCAUUUCCAGUACCACCACCAUUGCCACUUCAACCGCAACCGCCGCAAUCAACAACAACAUCAUCAUAUCAGAAAAAAUUACAAUUACCACAAUCAAGAUGGGAAACAUUUCAACGUAUACGGCAAAAUCGUCACACAAGACUUGCGGCAUUUAUGCGUUUAACCAGACGUAAAUAUGAAGCUUGUUAUGAAAUGCAAUUACAGCAACAACAACAGCAGCAGCAAUCAUCAUAUCAUCAUCAACCGAAUCAUAUUGCAAUUCAACAAUCGCAUCUUACACCUACUGCGUCUAUUCAUCCGCAGCGUUCACCGAAUAUUGUUCCAUCAUCAUUGACGCAAUCAGCUAGUCAUCAUUCAAUUCCGCAACAUUAUUCUGCAACUGGCGGUGGAUUUAUUGGUUCAGAAGCAUUAGCAUUUGCGGCAAAAUCAUUAGAAUCAUCUGCCGCAGCUGCCAAAUCAUCAAUGAAUCCUGAUUCAUUACCACCACCAUCAUCAUCAUCAUCGACGAUAAUUUCACAUCCGCAUCAUCAUCAUCCACAUCAAACAUCGAAUCGCAAUUUAUUAAAUUCACCCGAACAACCUGGAUCAUUAACACGUUCAUCACCGGCUAUGGCAGCGGCAAACGGUGGAUCCUCAUCAUCAACGGGAAAUUUAUCAACAGCAGCUGCUGCUGCUGCAGCCGCAUAUCAAGCUCAUUCAUUAUUUGCUCAUUCAAAUCAUCCAUCAGCCGCAGCAGCAGCCGCUGCUGCAUCAUCAUUUUUACAUCAUCCAUUUUAUCCUUAUCCACAUCCACAUCAUUCAAUAGCAGCUGCAUUUCAAUCUGCUGCUGUUGCUGCAGGUGCAUAUCCAGUUGGUUCAGGAACAGCUUCGGCAUUUCCAAAUGUUGAUUCAUUUUUUCAACAAACAACAAAUUCUUCGACAACAACAACAACAACAUCGAUGAUGAAUAAUUCACCUGGAUCAAUAUCAUCAGUAGCAUCAUCAUCAUCAGGUUUGCAUCAAUCAGCAAACAACCAAAACCAAAACCAAAAUAAUAGACAACCAAAAAUUUGGCGUUCAAUCGAUACAUUGGAUAAAUUGGAAAUGAAUAAUGAUACUUUAUCGAAUGUAACCGAUCAACAACAACGAUCAACAUUGAUUAAUUCAGCAAAUAAAAACGACAACAACAGCAAUGAUGAUGAUGAUAGAGAUCGAGAUGCUGUGGAAGAAUUGGAAAAACAUUCGUCUUCAUCUUCAUCGUCGUCUUCGUCGCCAUCAUUAUCUUCACCAUCAUUGUCACCGAAUAAUGAUCAUUGA